UCUGUGCCCUUUACACUUGACAGAGCGAUCAGCAGAAUUCAAAAGGUGUACGACUUUGACUGCCGGUGCUUAAAUCAAGUGAAACCUUUUAUUGGGACAACGGCCCAGACACAAGGUCCCCAAGACACUGUUUCUACAGUUGUCUUAAUGGAUGAAAAGAGAAUCCUGCAAGCCUUAAAGGAAAUUAAGGAUCUCCUAAGUCAACAUGUCCCACAGCUUCUUCAGGAGUUCGAAGUGAAGAGUCUUUUGACGCUAAAUUGAGAGAGCUCCUUCUCGGAGAUGAGAUCUGGAUCAUACGAUAUGCCAUUGCAGCUCCAGUUUAACUUUCGAUUUAGCAGCGCCCUAAAGGAGCACUUAAAGCGAAUGGGUAGAACAAAAUUCUGCUACUACACAAAUGCCAAAUCUCAUUACCCAAGAGUGAAAUCUGAUACCUAAGAUGUCCCCACCCUCAUCUGCACAGUUAACCAAGUCCCAAGUGCGGCAAGUGGAAAACUGGCGAAUAAAGCAUGGUCAAAGUGCCACACACAAAAAAAGGUGAGGAACAUGAAUACAAAAGACAACCCACUCAGGUACUCUGCGAUGAAUCUCUGUUUAACACAGCAGCCUACAAGUCACGCAGCCAUUUGAUUUCGGUAAUAUUGGAGAGGUCCAAGGAGAAACUACAGAAACAGCAGUUACCGCUAGAGGGGAGAGGGGACGAAAGGAGAGGUCAAGUGCUCUUGUCCAGUCGUCUGGUGACAUUGUCUAUCCUGCCUCGGAUGCUUCAUCUUGCGAAAUUAAAUUGUAUGUAUUGCAGCAAGAUGUAAUUAAACCGCUGCUACCAAAAAAGCAAGGGGAAUGUGCUUUGAUGCCGAUGUGUCCCAUCCGUUAA